UAGCAUUCCGUAGCUAAACUAUCAAGUGAGUGUGUGAGUGUGUGUGUGUGUCUCCAGUUGUGAAAAUGUUACCAUUAUCUAUUAAAGACGAUGAGUAUAAGCCGACCAAGUAUAACCUGCUGCUGAAACUCUCCGGGUGGUUCAGGUCUAUCCUCGCCGAUAAAACUUCCAGAAAUCUGUUCUUCUUCCUAUGUCUGAACCUGUCCUUCGCCUUUGUGGAGUUAAUGUAUGGUAUCUGGAGUAACAGUUUAGGUCUGAUCUCAGAUUCUUUCCACAUGUUUUUUGACUGCACUGCCCUGCUGGCAGGUCUGGCAGCCUCCGUCAUCUCCAGGUGGAGAUCCAACGAUAGCUUCUCCUACGGCUAUGUGAGAGCAGAGGUUCUGGCAGGCUUUGUCAAUGGGCUCUUCCUCAUCUUCACUGCUUUCUUCAUUUUCUCGGAAGGAGUUGAGAGAGCUCUAGAGCCUCCAGAUGUUCACCAUGAGCGGCUGCUUCCUGUCUCUGUAGCCGGUCUGCUGGUGAACCUGGUCGGGAUCUUUGCGUUCCAGCAUGGAGGACAUGGGCACUCACAUGGAGAGGGAGACCACGGACACAGUCACUCUCUGUUUAAUGGUAGCACAAGUCACGGUCACAGUCAUGGAGGACAUCACCACCACGACAAACAUGCAGAUUCCCACAGUCAUGGAGGACAUCACCACCACGACAAACAUGCAGAUUCCCACAGUCAUGGAGGACAUCACCACCACGACAAACAUGCAGAUUGCCACAGUCAUGGAGGACAUCACCACGACAAACACGCAGAUUGGCACAGUCAUGGAGGACACGAGGAACCACACUAUAAUGACGAACUGCAACACCUGCCGGGAAAAGGCGCCAGCAAACAGAUCCUGCAGGGAGUCCUGUUGCAUAUUAUUGCAGACACUUUGGGCAGUGUCGGUGUGAUCAUCUCCGCUCUGCUGAUGCAGAAAUACGAUCUAAUGAUUGCCGAUCCCAUCUGCUCCAUGCUGAUCGCCAUCCUCAUUGGAGUCAGUGUGGUACCUUUACUGAAGGAGUCUAUUGGGAUUCUGAUGCAGAGAACUCCAUUUUCACUAGACCAUGCCCUACCAGAGUGCUACCAGAGGGUGCAGCAACUGCAGGGAGUAUAUAAUUUGCAGGAGCCUCACUUCUGGACUCUGUGUACUGAUGUUUAUAUCGGAACAUUAAAGCUGCUGGUCGCCCCUGACGCUGACACCCGCUGGAUCCUUAGCCAGACACACCACAUCUUCACGCAGGCAGGAGUUCGGCAGCUGUAUGUUCAGAUCGACACAGCUGCCAUGUAGAAGCUGCUAAUAUUCCACUACACUUGGGACCAAUCGCAUUCAGUCUACUUCUGCAGGUGACUUCUGACCCCCACAGUCACCCCAGCACAGACUGGAAUAGGGGGAGGGCUCUCAGAACUGAUGAACUAAAACAGCCCCACCCACUUUCUUAAAAAUAAAAAUAAUAAUAAUAAUCCUGCUCACAGUGGAAAUUCUGCCCCUCCCACAAAGAAUUAUGGGUAAGUGCCUUUGUCAUGAGACAAUCUGAGCCCCUCCCAACACCUCUGACAUCACUGCUCAGACUCGAUUGGUUGACAGUGUGUGUGAAGUCACUCUGUAUGUGCCAAACCAUGUGACCGACCAGUGGAUUUAAGCCUUUUUUGUUUCUUUUUUAAAAAAAAAAUAUUUAUUACAGCUGUAAUAAAUAAAUCUGGUUCUCUGAGAA